CUGAGAAGGCACGGGGUGGAUUGUUCCAUCUAGCUCUUUCAAAGAGAAGUUGGUAUCUGACAUGGAAAUCACGACUAACAUAUCAAGUACUGACAACAACAGAUUCUCGAGCCUGAAUCAUGACAGAAGCAGCGGAAUGAGCAAACACAAACUAACUCCCCAUUCGGUUUUUAGAAUCCUUCCGUCCGUAACAUCUUUCGAUCUUCCGCGGGUUCUAGCAACACAUCACAUCGCAACACAUCCUUCGACCUUAUCGAUCACCUUUGCAACACCACCGCCUUACAGAAUAAUUCCUCUCCACAACAGUCGCUCAAUCUAUCACUCUGCGAAUAUUGUCAACUUCCACUUCGAAGACGGAAAUAAUGGCAAACACCAAUUCAAAUGCACCACAAUUACUCCUCUUAUACACAACCGCAGCCCUCAUCUUCCUCCUACCGCCUCUGACAACGUGCCUCAAUAUCCCUCCUACGCCAACUCUGCUCCUCACAACCGUCAUCGCAACUUCCUUCUUCACCAUCAUGACCUAUUUAGCCAUGGACGCCUGCUACACAUUCACCUGGAUAAUACUCAAAAUGCUAAGAUUCCUUUUACGCUUCAUACUCCCUGAUCUCUGUAUUUCCAACAUGAUUGGGGUUUCGAGAUCACCGGGCUCCAAAGGAAUCAGACAGUGGUGGGAAGUGUGGUUUGCGGUGAUGGUGGGAGUGGGUGUGAUGGUGCAUAUAAUCGUGAAUAGAGGAGGUGGGUGGACAUCAUCGUUGCAUAAAAUUGAGGCGAAGCGUGCGGCUCGACGGACUUCUGCCGCAGAAGAUGGUGGUGGGGAGGAAGGGGGGAAGGGAUCAGAGGGGAAGAUUGUCGUGUAUGCGAGUUUUGGAUUCUUGUAUACGAGUACGUUGAUGGAAUGUAGAGGGUGGUUUGAGAGGUGGUGGAGAGGUAGUGUUGGGCAUGAGGAGAUGAUGGGAAAGCAGUGGCAGACUGGGAGUGAAGCGACGUGGGAACUGUGGUCUUUUGUUGCGGCAACGGCGGUUGCUGGCAUAGUGGCCUCAGUCAUUUGGACUAGGGAGAGGAGGGAUAGAAAAGCGCGAGUGGCUCGGAAGGAGCUUUUUGACGUAAAGGAAGAACUUGGUGAGGAGGGGACGCCAACGAUAGGGAAGGAGCGGUAGAUUUCGAUGUAGAGUUCUUGAUGGAACAGUUUGAAGUGAUGAAUAAUUCG